AUGACGUCGUUCGGCAGGUACACAUCUGCUGAGACCGUUGGUUACUCAUUUUCUCAACCCACCAGUGCCCCAAAUAAGGAGCAUUCAUUUUACCCCUAUACCGACAACGGCGGUUCAACCCUCGGUAUCUCUGGCUCCGAUUUCGCCAUUCUUGCGGGCGACACCCGAUCUGUUGCUGGGUACAACAUCAACUCUCGCUACGUUCCCAAGGUAUUCAAGAUAGGAGGUGAUGAUGAGAGUGGCGAUGGUGCUCACAUUCUCCUCUCCGUCGUCGGUUUUGCUGCCGAUGGCCAAGCUCUCAAAGAGCGUCUUGAUGCGGUGGUGAAAAUGUACAAGUACCAGCACGGAAAGCCGAUGUCCGUAAGAGCGUGUGCCCAACGUCUGUCGACAAUCCUCUAUCAGAAACGCUUUUUCCCUUACUACGUCCAUGCGAUUCUAGCAGGUCUGGAUGAAGAAGGCAAGGGGGCCUUGUACAGCUACGACCCCGUUGGCUCCUACGAGAGAGAGCAAUGCCGAGCAGCAGGAUCCGCAGCGAGUCUGAUUAUGCCCUUCCUCGACAAUCAAGUCAACUUCAAAAAUCAAUACAUUCCUGGAAGCGGAGAAGGACAUGCUUUGGAACCGAAGAAGGCGGAGCCCUUACCACGAGAGACCGUUGAACAAUUGGUACGGGAUGCCUUUACUAGCGCUGUGGAGAGACACAUUGAAGUCGGUGAUGGGCUUCAAAUGAUGGUUAUUACAAAAAGUGGAAUAGAGGAGAUUUACAGCCCUCUGAAGAAAGAUUAG